CGAAAAACAUUGAUCACUGAAAAAGUCAACCUCUGAUGUUGUUUGUGUAAAAAGUGAGGUUAGAAGUAAACAAAAAAAUUUCAAACAUAAACUAAAUUGUUAAUAACAUUAUAAAUAUUGUAAAUUCUAUAAUGAAACAAAAGUCGAUAAAACGAUCAAUAAGUCCUGAUGCUGUAAUUGACGAGAAUUCUCCAAAAAAGAUGAAAAACAAAAGGAAGUCGAGUGACAAUUUAAAUAACGAAAUAUCACAUGAGAAUAUAGAAAUUGAUAAUAUUUCUAAUGUAAAUGAGAAAAAACACAAGAAAUCAAAGAAAAGAACUAUUGAUCCAGAGAAUGAAAACACUGAAUCAACUAAUGAACAAGUUUUAAUUAAUUCUAACGAAACUGCACCUGAUUCUGAAUGUAUAGAGAAAAAGAAGUCAAAAAAGAAGAAGAAAUCAAACAUUGAAAGUGAAAAUUCAGAAAUAAAAGAUGAAUCUAUACAAAAUGUACAAGAAAAAGAAAUUGAGCAAGAAGUUAAAAAAUCAAAUAAAGAGAAAAAUAACACAAAAAAGGAAAAAUCAGAGAUAAAUGAAAAAUUAUUAGAAAGUGUACAAGAUGAACAGUUGGAAAAUGGUAAUAAUGAGAAAAAAGCAAAGAAAAAGAAGAAAAAGGAUAAAAAAGAAAAAUUAGAAGUAAAUGAAGACGAGGAAAUUCAAACCGAAAGUAAAGUUAAAAAGCCAAAGAAAAAGAAAUUAAUAGCCGAGGAAGAGAAAAUAACAGAUGAAUCAAAAGACGAAAUAAAUGGUGAAGACGAUGUUGAUGUUAAAAAAAAGAAAGGGCCCUCUAAACGACAAUUGAAAAAAGAAAAGCAGGAAUUAAGGGAAAAAGAAAAACAUGAUGCAACCAAACAUAAAACUGCAGCUAAUGUUUUAAAUUACCUUUCCAAGUGGAAACAUGCAAGAAGCGAGUGGAAAUUUGAAACAAUAAAACAAGCAUGGCUGGUUAAUCAUUUUCUCGAUGAUAAGCUGAUACCUGACAAAUUUUAUCCCACUGUAAUAGAAUAUUUUGAAGGAUGCAAAGGAAAAGCAAAAGAUUUAUUGCUAAAGAAAGCAAUGGCUGUUAUUAAAGAUGUAGAAGAAAAGUAUGAGGAAUCAGAAGACGCUAUCGAAUCAAUAGAAUAUCAAAGAGCCAGACAAUUGUUACAAAAUUUACCAACAGAUGCUUAAAUCUAUUCAUUAGCUUAGGAUUUUAAAAAAAAUCACUUUUUUUAAAUUAUGUAAGUUAUCAGUAUAAAAUUAUUUAAUUUUGAAGUUAAUUAAAAUAUAUCGUGAAAUUAAGAUGAUUCAAAUAAUAAUAAUAAUUUGAGAUUAUAAUGAAUAAUUUAAAGAAAACAUGAAAAUUUGUAAUAUUCAAUCCAAAUUUAAUUAAUUUUCAAAUUAAAUAAUUUUUUAUCACAAUUGUACAAAGUAUUGAUUUUAUACUUUAAUUAUAUAUAUAUUUGUUAAAAAUAAAAAUUAUAAAAUGUGUAAA